AUGUAUAGAAUCUUCAAAUUUGGCUGGAAGCUUCCUGAGAAAGAGCCUGACAAGGAAGAGACCAAAGAAGGCCGCCGCGUACGAGGUUUAAGAGCAGAAGUUCCGCCUUCCCACCCCGGGGGUAAAGAUAGACAGCAGGAAAGUCCGUGUCAAGUUCCUGGAGCAGAAGUUCCGCCUCCCCACCCCGGGGGUAAAGAUAGACAGCAGGAAAAUCCGUGUCAAGUUCCAGGAGCAGAAGUUCCGCCUCCCCACCCCGGGGGUAAAGAGAGAGAGCAGGAAAGUCCGUGUCAAGUUCCUGGAGCAGAAGUUCCGCCUCCCCACCCCGGGGGUAAAGAUAGAGAGCAGGAAAGUCCGUGUCAAGUUCUAGGAGCAGAAGUUCCGCCUCCCCACCCCGGGGGUAAAGAGAGACAGCAGGAAAGUCUGUCAAGUUCCAGGAGCAGAAGUUCCGCCUCCCCACCCCGGGGGUAA